ACUAUAGCCUAAAUGAAUCCAAGUAGGGUAAUUAAACCCUCACAGUAAUCUAGUUUUAACUUCAUGGGCUCGAAAUUUACAAUCUUAGACCGAAUUAGCAGCGCAUUGACAUUGCUUGUGGUGCAAACUAUAAGCAAGCACAUGCCAAUGCUUAAAAAUUCGGCAUCAAACUAUAUUGUCGAAACACAGUCUUUAUUGUCAAACUGCUCUGCCUAGUUUUAGGUGGGCAUCAACCAUAGAAGUCCAAACCCUUUAAUUUAGAGUUUGUUCUGUGAGCGUGGAUUGCAAAUCUAGUCGGGAAUCCCCAUUCUCGUUGCUUGCCAGUUGAAAUUAAAGGAGAAUUCACAGGCGGGAUUUACAAGUCUUCCUAGGUUUUUCAAUCCGGUUCCUGCUAGUUUCAGUUGUUGCUCACAAGAGGAAGACUCCACAAGACAAUGGAGAGAUUACAGAGGAUUUUUUCAGGGGCGGGUGGCAUGGGACCACCUGCUACCGAUGGCCCAAUGCUUGAUUCAUCCGAGCAGGUCUACAUUUCAUCACUCGCCUUGCUUAAAAUGCUCAAGCACGGUAGAGCUGGAGUUCCAAUGGAGGUUAUGGGAUUGAUGCUUGGUGAGUUUGUUGAUGAGUACACUGUUCGUGUUGUGGAUGUUUUUGCCAUGCCCCAGAGUGGUACUGGAGUCAGUGUAGAAGCCGUUGAUCACGUUUUUCAGACCAACAUGCUUGACAUGCUUAAACAGACUGGCAGGCCAGAGAUGGUUGUAGGAUGGUACCACUCUCAUCCUGGUUUUGGAUGCUGGCUUUCAGGCGUUGAUAUCAAUACACAACAGAGUUUUGAGGCACUUAACCAGCGGGCAGUUGCUGUGGUGGUCGAUCCUAUUCAAAGUGUUAAGGGGAAAGUUGUAAUUGAUGCGUUCCGCCUGAUCAAUCCUCAAACUAUGAUGCUUGGCCAGGAGCCUCGGCAAACAACUUCCAAUCUAGGGCAUUUGAAUAAGCCAUCCAUCCAGGCACUGAUCCAUGGUUUGAACCGACAUUAUUAUUCUAUUGCUAUUAAUUAUCGGAAAAAUGAACUUGAAGAAAAGAUGCUUCUCAACUUACACAAGAAGAAAUGGACUGAUGGUCUGACCCUCCAACGCUUUGAUUGUCAUGCCAAAACAAAUGAACAAACAGUUCAGGAAAUGCUUGACCUCGCAGUCAAGUAUAACAAAGCCGUACAAGAAGAGGACCAGCUGCCUCCUGAAAAACUUGCUAUUGCGAAUGUUGGCAGACAAGAUGCCAAAAAACAUCUAGAGGAGCACGUUGCAAAUUUGAUGUCUUCAAAUAUAGUUCAAACCCUAGGCACCAUGCUUGAUACAGUUGUUUUUUAAGUCUUAGGAAAUCACAGGAUCAAGUGAACAUCUUCUUGUUUCAUUUUGUGCAUCCAUAAGAAGAAACACAGCAUAUUGGAGAUGUGGGUCAUGCCUCUAAGAUGGUGACUUGUUUAUUGAACUUCUGGAUUGUUUAUGACUGAGACCAUAUCAUCAAAGGAAUCAGGAAAUUGGAUGCUUAUAUAUUAUAUGUUCGAUCUACAUUUUAGUCAAAGGGAUUUGAUGUGCGAAAAAUUGAUAAAAUGAUGUAAGUAAAUCCAUCAGCUGGUUACUGGUGUGAACCAUGAGUAUAGUAGUAAUGGAUCGUUCCCUUUGAGUUGAACUACUGGUUUCAUGAAAAUAUUUAUACAGUUUAUGUACAAACUCGAAGAAAUUUGAUUAACCAAAAUUGAAGCUAGGGAAUGUGUGGAAUUAUCAUCUGGAGAUUUACUUCAGGUGUAGGACACCCACACACCAGCAAUGCCUGAAAUUAACUUAUUCAGCGAAUGCAAUAAAUGAUUGCGUGUUAAGAGUA